AUGCCACGCGUGAGUCCAUCGACCAGGGUGGGCGGCACCUGCAGGCCGGGGGCCAAGCUUCUGACGGUGACUGAUAAUGGUCUACCUCCGCCUGGGAGCUGCUAUGUCCUGUUCACUGGAACAAACUAUGUCGCCGCCGAUGAGUCCUGUACCAUCUUCGAGCACCUAGAACGACAGUUAACUGCUCGCCUCAGCUCGUCGGCCGUCAUCGUGUCAACUGUUCCGCAUCGACAUGAUCUCUCUAUGGACCACGCCGUGAACCGGCGUAUUGCCCUCGUUAACUUCUACAUCGAGGAGCUGUCUGUUCGAUAUAAAGGAAUAGAGGUACUAAAUUUCAACGAGAUCGGAAGGCGCUGGUUUACCCAACACGGUAUGCACUUGCGACUGCCUGGCAAGCGGCUGCUGGCUGAGCUUCUGUUGGGGUGUCUUGAUCGUUUCGGUCAGUCACCAACCAUCCGACCCCCAACCUCGCCUGCUCAUGCUGCCUCUUCUUGUGCGGCCUCUUCCACUCCGUUGUCUUCACUGCCUGUGCAAGAUCGCCAACAACUGAGCUCGGAGGCACUAUCUCCAACGGCAGUGCAGCCUGUGGAGCCGGUCAUCGUUGGGUACACUACGUCGAGACCAGUUCCUCCACUUAUGACGCCAGGACCUGCUUCCUCGAGAUUCGCGCUGGUGCCAUCUCCAGAGGGCGCGAUGACACGUCCUGGCAAUAAGACAUUCGCCGAGGCCGUCAACAGCUCCACGAAAUAUUGGCGCGAAUUGAGUGUGGGUGUGUUACAAGAAAAGUUGACAAUAACAAAAAAGAAAGGAGUGGCCAAAAACCUUAUACUGUUCUUGGGAGACGGAAUGUCUCUUGCUACCCUCGCCACGGCAAGGAUAUAUCUUGGGCAGCUCAAGAAAGAAGCGGGAGAAAACACGUUCUUAAGUUUCGAGAAGUUUCCUUACACUGGAUUGGCCAAGACGUACUGCGCAGACUCACAAGUUGCGGACUCUGCUUGUUCAGCGACCGCCUAUUUGACGGGCGUGAAAGGCAAUAUCUACACGGUAGGAGUUACGUCAUCUCUUGGCUACAUGGACUGGCGAAACAUGAAGAACGAAUCGUACCACACCACUUCCAUCUUAAAGUGGGCUCAAGACGCGGGCAAGGGCACCGGCAUAGUAUCCACUUGUAGGAUAACAGACGCCUCUCCUGCUGGCACAUACGCCCAUUCCGCAUACAGGAAGUGGCAGACAGACUUGGAUAUUAAAAAUGAAAAAGAUCCAAGAGGGUUUAAUGCUACGGGAGUGAUGGAUAUAGCUUCGCAGUUGAUAGAAAAUAGUCCUGGCACAGAAUUUAAGGUAAUCUUGGGAGGUGGUCGGGAAGCAUUUCUUCCCAUCACAGAACAAAAUGACCCCACUAUGACAGGUUUCAGAGGUGACGGCAAAAACUUGAUCGAGAAGUGGAAAAAAUCUAAAGAAAACAUGAAAAAGUCAGCGUCUUACAUCACCAACAGAGAUCAACUGCUGGGGCUGGAUGUAAACAACACCGACUAUGUUCUUGGACUAUUCCAAUCUGAUCAUUUGGAUUACCAUAAGCUUGCAAAUGAAAAGGAGCAACCGACACUUGCUGAAAUGACGGAGUUGGCAAUUAAGAUGAUGCAAAAGGAAGCCAAGGGUUUUGUGCUGUUUAUAGAGGGCGGUAGGAUAGACAUCGCUCACCACGAGAACAAGGCUCACUUAGCACUAGAUGAGACUGUGGAGCUGCAUAAAGCUGUCGAGACGGCUGUCAAAAUGACGAAUGAAGACGACACGCUCAUUGUGGUGACGGCAGACCACGCACAUACACUGAACAUAAACGGUUACCCGAGAAGAGGUGGAGAUAUUUUUACCUACGUUCAAGGCACCGAAGACAAACUUUCAUACUCUACUUUGUCAUAUUCGAACGGACCUAAUACCCCACGUUUCAAGGAAGAUGGAUAUGGGCAGCACAAUAUUAUCAAUGAUAAAAGAGACGAUCCGCACUACACCUUCCAAACAAUCAAUCUCCUAAAGACUGAGACCCAAGAUGGACAGGACGUCGCUAUGAGCUAUGCGGCUGGAUUUGGACCUGCCGUUGAGAUCCUUGACGCAAAAAAUCAGCACAAAAGAGGAUCGUAA